AUGAACGGCAGCGUUUUUGGGGCCACGUGCAAGCGCACGGGGCGGCCCGUUGCUGUCAAGAGCUUCCAGUUGCGGAGAAUGAAGAGCAGGCAGGUGUCGCAGUUAGAGUGCGAGAUUGAGAUCUUCCUCAGCAUGAAUCACCCGCAUGUUGCCGACCUGAUCGACGUGUACAGGGGCCAACAGCAGGUGGACUUGGUGAUGGAGUGUCUCUCUGGGGGAGAGGUUCUUGACAGGGUGCUCGAGGAGGAGUACUUUGGCGAGGACGUCACUGCGAGCACGUUGCGACAGAUGCUUCUAGCUGUGAACUACUUACACACUCACAACAUAGUUCAUCGGGACCUGAAGCUAGAAAAUUUCUUAUAUGAAAAGCGAGGCGGCGAUCAUUUGAAGCUCAUCGACUUCGGAUUUAGCCGAAUCUGGGUGGCGGACCAGUCGACCAUGGGAAUAGCCUUGGGCUCUUUAUAUUACGUGGCGCCAGAGGUGCUCGACAAAAACUACGGAGCAACGUGCGACCUGUGGUCCAUGGGAGUCAUUGCGUUCGUGCUUCUCACAGGAUGUUUUCCUUUUGGUGGCACCACAAGAUCCCAGACGAUCAAGCGCAUCCGUACUGGCGACAGGGACGAGCUGCCAUUUGGAAAAGUGUCUACGACAGCUGAGGAUUUCGUGGAUAAGCUCUUGGUGGUUGACCCUGCGACCCGGCUCACUGCAGAGACAGCGUUGAGGUGGCUGGUGGAUUUUGCCCACGCGUCUCACUUCCGGCGUGUCUGCAUGUCCUUCAUGGCUUGGUCGCUGGCGGUGAGGAGGAAGAGGAUAAGGGGGGAGGAGGAGGAGGGGAAUGGGGAGAAUACGGUCGAGGUCCUUGACUAG